CACGACAUAGCACAGUAGCGUCAUUGAGUUGUACAACUACAAGUACCUAAGUUCCUGCAGGCUUGCUGUCCAGUCUGUUACGAAAUCACGGCGUUCAGGAUGCUAUCACAAUACCUUUUGUGCGCACUUUGCGCUGUGAGCGGUGUGUUUUCACGAGCAGUUCCGGAUGUUGCACAAGUCCCUCUGUUGCAUCCACAACAGCAAAAUCAUGCCAAGCCGGAACACAUGGGCGUCAUGAUCGCUUUCAAGAGAAGUGGAGAGGAUCACGAGAAGACCUUUCAAUGUCCACUGCGACAACCGCUGCGAGGUACACAGUGCCCCGAAGCUCUACUGCGCUGUCUAAUAUCUGGUGCAGGAUCCAUGCUGCACUCUUGGCCUGGGAGCGACGCACACAAAGCCGUACAUUCGAUGAAGAUAGUGGCUGUGCUGGAUGUGGAGACAGCGACAUUGGGGUCUCUCGAAGAGCUGGCACGUAUCAGGUGUAGGAUACAACCCGAGUUCAGCGCGGAAGAAGUCAGCGCAGCGUCUGCUUCGGGUGUCGAGUUGGGUGUGUGGCCGACUUUUGGUGUGGAAGACGGGGUCGUUGUUCUUGAUCGGUCCGACUCGAGGUGGUUCCUGGCAGGUAGAUUAAUCAAGAGCAUUGAGUGCUGUUGAAAACGAAAAAAAAAAAAAAAGCACGAGUUCAGACGAGCAGUCGUGACAUGCUGACAUGCUCUCAUCCUGACAGUCAGGACA